AUGAUUUCAAGUCGAAUUCUACUGUUUCUUUCCUUCGGUGUAGCCGCUGUUACAGGGCGCUCUUCCAAACCCAACUUCAUCUUCAUCAUUACCGACGAUCAAGACUUACAUCUAAACUCGCUCGACUACCAACCUGCUGUGCAGAAGCAUUUCGCCCAGGAAGGCGGGUAUCCUAGAUUCAUUGAAGAAGGUUUCAAUGAUGCGUAUCUUCCCGUGUGGCUUCAGGAGGCGGGCUACAACACUUAUUACACUGGAAAGCUGAUGAAUGGACACUCCAUCUCUACAUACGAUGCACCACGAGCCAAUGGCUGGAACAGUUCCGAUUUUCUGAUUGAUCCCGGAACAUACGUCUUCUACAACUCCACCAUGACGCGCAACCACGACGUCUACAGAAACUCACCAGGAGAGUACUCAACCGACCUAGUAGCCAACGCCGCAGUCUCCUUCCUAGACGAAGCCAUCGCAGCACCAGACCGGCCAUUCUUCAUCGGCGUCGCACCCAUAGCCCCCCACUCAGAAACAAUCACCAAUCCCCGCCCUACAAAGUUCAACCUACCCGUCCCCGCAAAACGCCACGAGCAUCUCUUCCCCGACGUAAAAGUACCCCGAACACCAAACUUCAACCCCUCAAAACCAGGAACAGCAUCCUACUUCUCCACGCUCCGCCCGCUCAACGCCUCAGAAAUCGCGUACAACGACGCCUGGUACCGCGCACGCCUGCAAACCCUCCAAUCCGUCGACGACCUCAUCGAGUCCAUCAUGAACCGUUUGAGCGAAACCCCCGAGGUGCUAGAAAACACGUACCUAAUCUACACAACCGACAACGGCUUCCACAUCAGCCAACACCGGCUCCCGCCCGGUAAAUCCUGCGGCAUAGAAGAAGAUAUCAACAUCCCUUUCUUCAUCCGCGGCCCGGGCGUCUCCAAAGGCGCUGUGAUGGAGAUUCCUAGUAGUCAUACGGAUAUCGUGCCUACGUUGUUUCAUCUCGCUGGUAUACCAGCCCGGGAGGACUUUGACGGGGAGGUUAUUCCUGUUACGGGGGCGAUGCAGGAAAAGGGUGGGAAGAGUGAACAUGUUAAUGUUGAGUUUUGGGGGGAGUAUCUUGUGGAGGGGAAUACGUUUUAUGGGCGGGAUGUGUGGGCGGAGAAUACGUAUAAGACGGUGAGGGUGGUGGGGGAGGAGCUUGGAGGAAUGGGUACUGACAAACCCAACCAGACCGACCCAUACCAACUCACCAACCUCCUCUCUACCCCCAACGCCACCACCACCAUAACCUCCUACCCCAUCCUCCCCCUCACCGCCCGCCUCGACGCCCUCCUCCUCACGCUCAAGCGCUGCAAAGGCCGUGUGUGCACGCGACCAUGGGAGAAAUUGCAUCCCGAGGGUAAUGUACGCAAUCUGAAAGAUGCCAUGCAUGAAAGGUACGAUGUGUUUUACCUCGAGAAGCAGAAGAAGGUUAGCUUUGAUGAGUGUGCGUUGGGUCAGAUAUUGGAAGUUGAGGGGCCGCUGGAGCCGGUGAGUUGGAGGGAGGAGUGGGAUGAGUGGAGUUGGGGGACGUGA